GAAUGAACGUACAAUGCAUACAUGUACUUCCGGGUUUGAGUACAAAUGGAUGGAACAUAUUACUAUCAUUUUCGCCAUAAAUCCACGUCAAAUAAAGUUCAAAUCUCGCCAGUAUAUUGUUGGAAACAAAGGAUAUAAUAUAACUUACGGAGGUUACGAUGCUCGGCAUGAUUAUAGUUGAAUUGAUACAAUAUAUAUACAGAACGUUUUAAAACUUCGCCAAAAACAGCUGCCUGGUUACGCCACUGUUUCUAAAAAAAUUACUUUUAAAUAUGUCCCUCGUAAAGCUAAUUCCAACACGAUUGUUCAGUGUUUUAAAGCAGGGCCAGGUCUCAGCUUUAAUCCACACAAGAAGCAUGUCAUCUGAUGCAGAUUACAAGUUUGAAACUCUGAAAGUCACAAAACCAAAGGAAUGGGUCCUUCAGGUUGAACUCAACAGACCAGAGAAGCGCAAUGCUAUGAACAGAGCAUUCUGGAGGGAGAUGGUGGAAUGCUUUGAGCAGAUAGCCCAAGACUCUGACUGUCGGGCUGUUGUUCUGUCAGGAGCAGGAAAAAUAUUUACAGCAGGUAUUGAUCUGAUGGACCUAGCUGGUUCAGCAGGCAUGAUAGAUGAUGGGUCAGACAUAGCAAGAAGAGCCAGCAAACUUAGACCAAUGAUCAGCAGAUUCCAAAACACAUUUACAGUCAUUGAAAAGUGCCCCAAGCCAGUUAUAGCUGCAGUCCACAAUGCAUGUGUGGGAGGGGGGAUAGACAUGAUUACAGCUUGUGAUAUCAGAUAUUGUACAAGAGAUGCAUGGUUUCAAGUAAAGGAGGUAGAUGUUGGUUUAGCUGCAGAUGUAGGGACCUUACAGAGGUUGCCUAAGGUGGUUGGCAGUGACAGCUUAGCUAGAGAACUUGCAUACACAGCCAGAAAAAUGAUGUCUGAUGAGGCAAAGGAAUGCGGCUUAGUGAGCCGACUGUUCAACAGCAGGGAAGAAAUGAUCCAGGGAGCCCUUGAUUUGGCUGCCCUUAUUGCCACAAAGAGCCCAGUUGCUGUACAAGGGUCUAAAAUCAGCAUGGUUUACUCUAGAGACCACAGUGUACAGGAAGGUCUUGACCAUGUGGCUAUGUACAAUAUGGCAAUGUUUCAAAGUGAAGAUAUUACAAAAGCAGUUGAGGGAUUUCUGACCAAGGAAGAAAUUGUUUAUUCCAAACUAUAACUGACGAAGGGCCGGGAAAAGCCCAGUACAACAUGGCAAUGUUACAAAGUGAAGACUUGGCUAAAGCGGCAGAGGCAUUCAUGACCAAACAGCAAGCAGUGUAUUCAAAGCUAUGAGAAUAUUUCCAACAAAUCCUCACAAUGAAGACUUUAUAUCAUCAAUGACAUUGACAAUGAGAGUCAUACAUAGGGCAGACAUAUAAUAUGCAAUAUUCGAACUGAAAAUAUGCUACUAGCAUUGAAAAAUGUGAUCCACCAACCAAAAUGAUGAGGAUAAAUCUGUCUAAUUAAAAUAAAUGAGGGACAAUUAUUGGAAAACUGAACUGAAUGAAUAAUUUCAAAAGUGACUUAAAAUAGUUGGUCUAGCAUUAACAAAUCUUUAUCUGACAAGACAUUGGUUGACCAUUUUGUCGAGUAUAUAUAAUUUAUUUACAAAAUUAUACAUAAUGAACAUAUGUACAUUAAUUCAUUAUUAAAUAUACAAAUAAUUGUUAUUUUCAUAUUACAAA